UUGUCACUUUCACCAUGUCAUUCUACACAUUGCGUUGAGGACUUCCGGUCUCUUGCAAAAUUUUCUGUUGUUUAAUCCAUAGCAGGAGAGAGCGUCGAUUCCAACUUCCUGCAGGGCUCAUAUGGUGUAAUCAUAAAACAUAAAAAUGGGCGCUUUGAGGGUUUUGGCAAGGCCUCUAGGACGCUGCUUGCGUGGAAAUUCCAAACCCUACCUCACUCGCAAUCAGCCAUUUCUAAGCUUCAUGACUAUAUCUCAGCAAAUUGUUCCAUGCAAUUCCGAUCGAUGGCAGUUUCAGUAUCAGAAUCAUAGGACUCUCAUUUUGGAGUCCUUCGCUUCUGAGUUCGUCAAGCUUCAAAGACUCGCUGACCCGGAUUCCGGUAUUUUUGAAGUUAGCUUGGACCGGGCUGGAGCUAAAAAUGCUAUAGGGAAAGAUAUGCUGCGAGGUCUGAGGCAUGCAUUAGAAUUCAUUGAUAGAGAGUCAUCUGCAAAGGUUGCCAUGAUCCGAAGCUCAGUUCCUGGGGUAUUUUGUGCUGGGGCCGAUUUAAAGGAGCGCCGGACAAUGAGUCCAUCAGAGACUAAAGAUUUUGUGAAUUCUCUUCGCUCUACAUUCUCUUUUCUAGAGGCACUUUGCGUACCAACUAUUGCUGUUAUUGAAGGAGUCGCAUUUGGUGGUGGACUUGAAAUGGCUCUGGCUUGUGAUAUUCGAAUAUGUGGAGAAGAUGCUCUCAUGAGUUUGCCGGAGACAGGACUUGCUAUAAUACCAGGGGCAGGUGGGACACAGCGACUCCCUAGAUUGGUUGGGAAGGCAACAGCUAAGGAUAUUAUAUUUACUGGUCGAAAGAUUAAUAGCAAAGAUGCACUGUCUAUGGGUUUAGUUGAUUACUGUGUUCCUUCUGGUGAAGCUCGUUCAAAGGCACUUGCUGUCGCUCAGGAUAUAAGUCAGAAGGGUCCUGUCGCAAUUAGGAUGGCAAAGAGAGCCAUUAAUGAGGGAGUAGAAACUGAUCUGGAGUCAGGUUUGGCCUUGGAAGAAGAAUGCUAUGAUGAGGUGCUGAAUACUAAAGAUCGGUUGGAAGGUUUGGCUGCAUUUGCUGAGAAGCGGAAACCAAAGUACACUGGUGAGUAAAAGGAUCAUUAUUUCACUGCUACUUCUGGCUGCAUAUUGGAAUGAACAGGACAUAGAACUUGGUGAUCAUGAGUGGUUAUAGAUACUUGGUGAGUGCAUAACUUGAAAGCAUUCACCUUUCUGUUUUUUUGGGUUAACAAGAAAGUAAUUUACUAAAGUAGUGUUCUGGGGCUGGUCAGUAGAAAGAAUCUAGCAUGACUGUAAGGCUGAUUAUGUCACAUGAAAGAAAUGACAACAGUACAAGAGAAACGGGUUUCUGUUACUUGA